UUCAACACUGCAAUGCAUGGAUAAUUCCCAAUUUUUCCAAUGGAGGAAUUGGGGGAAACUUCCUAGGGACGUCGAUAACACGUGGUUGGAGAUUAUGGGUCUGUUAUACAGCUCUGCCCUCCCUCUCUCCUUUUCCUAUAUAUGGAGAUUAGCUAAGGGGGGUAAGAGUAUUCGGUUUCUGGCUUUGAAAAGCGUAAGUCUGUGAGAGGGGGGAAGUGUUGAAUCCAUUCUGUAACCUUUAAACCUCAAAAGAAAUCAAAGAAUCAACCUCUACCCACCCACAUUAUUCGCUCUCUCUCUCAUUGGUACCCACCAAUCCGCAUUCCCUCAUUUGGGUUCGGGUUCUUCUCCCCCCAUCUCUCUCCACCUUAAAACAGGUCUCCUCUCUGAUUCACCUUGUCUCAGGUUAAGGAUUUGGGACCCCAUAGAUCUUGCUGAGAGAGAUCUUGGUCAUUUCCAGAUACCAGUCCUAUUGUUUAAUCAAAUGGGAAUGGUUGCUUCAUGCCCAUUUGCAGACGAUUUAGACAGAGACUUUGAAGCUGCUCUAUUAAGAUCCCUCAGCUUCGGAGCCCAUGAUGUGAAGAAUGCAUUGCGAUCCUUCAGUUUCAAUGGCCAUGAUUCGGAACGCCCUACAAUGAAGUCGUUUCCGUCUGGGAAGAUGAUAUUUGAAGGGUCGCUAAGCUUCAAAAGGACUGAAUUGGAUACCAGGAUCUCACUCAAGGCUCCUUGCCCUGAUAGCAUUAAGAGCAAAGACACCAAUGAACAAGUCCCGAAAUCGGAUAGCCUACUGGAGAAAAUCCCGCCACUGACAUUGCCAGAAAGAGGAAACAGAACAUUCCAGGCUGCAUUGAAGUUGCAGAAGGUGUAUAAAAGUUUCCGAACCAGAAGACAGCUAGCAGAUUGUGCAGUUCUUGUGGAGCAGAGAUGGUGGAAAGUGUUGGAUUUCGCUGAACUCAAACGGAGUUCUAUAUCGUUUUUUGACAUUGAGAGGACGGAAAGUGUUUUUUCACGUUGGUCAAGAGCAAGAACCAGAGCUGCCAAGGUAGGGAAAGGUUUAUCGAAGGAUGAAAAGGCCCGGAAACUUGCUUUGCAGCACUGGCUUGAGGCUAUUGAUCCUAGACAUCGAUACGGGCAUAAUCUUCAGUUUUAUUAUGUCAAAUGGCUGCACUGUGAAAGUAGACAGCCCUUCUUUUAUUGGCUUGAUAUAGGAGAAGGAAAAGAAGUGAAUCUUGUUGACAGAUGCCCUCGAUCGAAACUUCAGCAACAAUGCAUCAAAUAUCUUGGUCCGAUAGAAAGGAAGGCCUAUGAAGUUAUAGUGGAGAAUGGGAAGUUCCUCUACAAGCAGACAAGAACGCUGAUCGAUACAGUGAGUGGACCAAAAGAUACAAAGUGGAUCUUUGUCCUCAGUACAUCCAAGAAAUUGUAUAUUGGAAAGAAGAGCAAAGGAACGUUUCAACAUUCAAGUUUUUUGGCUGGAGGAGCCACACUGUCUGCUGGGAGAUUGGUAGUGGAAGAGGGUGUUCUAAAGGCUGUCUGGCCUCACAGUGGACAUUAUCUUCCAACAGAAGAAAACUUUCAGGAAUUCAUGUUGUUCCUCCGGGAAAAUGAUGUAGAUCUCACUAAUGUUACACAAUAUGCUAGUGAAGAAGAAGAGACCGGCAACAAAAAGGUGGGUGGUUUCGGCCUUCGAAACAACCCAUCAGAGGCAGAUUUAACUCGAGAUGAUGAAGAAACCGAUGAUAUGGACUCAGCUCAAGUGGAAACAGAUUCAAGAAAUCAAGACUCAAGUGCAGCAGGAGCAGAGCCUCAUCCACCAACCUCGAGAUUGUCUCGAGGAUUGUGCUCAAAAAUAACCAGACUCGAAAUACCAGAAAGAAGUGAUGUGUUUGAGAAGUUCAUGGAAGAAUCAGGGGAGCCAGAUUCACCCUCAUGCGGUUACGAAACAGCAGAAGAAUCAUUUUUAACUGAGGAAGAUUUCAUAUAUCCUAAAGUGAAUUUGUUCAAUGAAGAUCAAGAAGAAGAAAAUGCAAAACCCAUCCCAAAAGAAAAAAUCAUGAUGAGGAUAAAUUCACAUAAAGGAAUGAAGUCAUACCAGUUGGCUCAGCAGUUAUCCAGUAAAUGGACAACAGGAGCUGGACCCCGAAUUGGGUGCAUGAGGGACUACCCUUCGGAGCUUCAAUUCCGGGUUUUAGAGCAAGUCAACUUUUCUCCAAGAAGUGCUGUUGCUACUCCUAGUUCAACUCCAAAACCGACCAGGUUUGGUGCCAAGGUUUUGACCCCAGUUCCUCAUAGGAGAGAAACAAAUACUAGCCAAAGUGCCCUUGCUUCAGAGCAAGGUGACAUUGCCACAGAUAGCAACACCAGUAGCCAGUAAUAGGUGGAAGAUGGACAAAGGUUGAUUUCAUUUAUUAUUUUGUAUUGGGGUUGAGGAGAUGAUACAUGGAUUCUCCAACACACCUUAGUAUGUUAUUCUUUUGUACACUUUUUUUUUUCCUUUCCUUUUGUAGAUCUGAUGCUCCAAUUUGAGUUUUGUGGGUGUUGCAACUCUUUUGUUUACAAAUAAAUAAUGAAAAGAAGAGAAGUUCCCAUUCAGUCA